AAUCGAUCGAUAGUGUCAUGUGAUUUGCAGAUGAGAAAGUCACGUGAGCUGCGGAGCGGAUGUUUGGUUAGAUCCAACAUGGCGGCCGCACGGACUUGUCACCGCUGAAGUAGCUAAACGUUUAGUUUUAUACCAUGCAUUCCCGGUAAAACGGUGUUCACGGGGAAGUGUUUUACUGUAAAUCAUCAAUAUGGGGUUUGAAUAGAAUUCACAACUGCGUGUGACGAAGAAAACAUUUGGACCGGCGGCAGGAAGAAGAAAGAAGCGUCAGCCCUGACUCAUCCUCCGAGCGGCGGCCAUGUCUCUGGGCGAGCCCACGUCGGACUCGGCGCCGUUCUUCUCUGAUGACAGCGAGGCGGAGGGUCCGGAGGAGCGGGGCGGGGCGGCGGGGCAGCGGCCGCAGGAGGAGUCGCCCAGCGGGGUGUCCGAAGUCCGAGCGCUGCUGACCGUCCUCAUCCUCUGCUUCAUCAACCUGCUCAACUACAUGGACAGGUUCACUGUGGCAGGUGUUCUCCCCGACAUAGAGCACUAUUUUGGGAUCGAUGACGGGAAGUCCGGCUUACUCCAAACAGUCUUUAUCUGCAGUUACAUGAUCCUGGCUCCGGUGUUCGGAUACCUGGGCGACAGGUACAACAGGAAGUACAUCAUGAGUUCUGGCAUCACAUUCUGGUCUUUGGUGACACUCGCCAGCUCCUACACCCCCAAAGAACAUUUCUGGGUCCUGCUGUUGACUCGAGGCCUGGUCGGAGUCGGAGAGGCCAGCUACUCCACCAUCGCCCCCACCAUCAUCGCUGACCUCUACGUGAAGGGAAAGAGGACGAAUAUGCUCUCCGUUUUUUACUUUGCCAUUCCCGUCGGCAGUGGUCUCGGAUACAUCGUGGGCUCACAAGUCGGUAACGUAGCGCACGACUGGCACUGGGCUCUGCGGGUGAGUGACUCCGGGUUGGGACUGAUCGCCGUGCUGCUGCUGCUGUUCGUGGUCCAGGAGCCUAAAAGAGGAGCCAUCGAAGCUCGACCGGAGCAUCACCUGCAUCAGACCAGCUGGCUCACGGACCUGCAGGCCCUGAGCAAGAACUACAGCUUCGUGUUGUCCACCUUCGGCUUCACAGCGGUGGCGUUUGUCACCGGCUCUCUGGCUCUUUGGGCUCCAACGUUCCUCUUCAGAGCAGCCGUCUUCACCGGGGAGAGAGCUCCCUGUGUGGAGGGAAACUGCGCCUCCUCAGACAGUCUGAUUUUCGGGGUCAUCACCGUCAUCACAGGUGUGCUGGGCGUGGCCAGCGGCGUGCAGGUCAGCCGGCAGCUGAGGACGAGGACGCCCAGAGCCGACCCGCUGGUCUGCGCUGCCGGUCUGCUCCUCUCAGCGCCUUUCCUCUACCUGGCCAUCGUCUUCGCUCAGGCCAGCACCAUCGCCACAUACGUCUUCAUUUUCCUCGGAGAGACGUUCCUGUCCAUGAACUGGGCCAUCGUGGCUGAUAUACUGCUGUACGUGGUCGUCCCCACCCGUCGCUCCACAGCCGAGGCUCUGCAGAUCGUCAUCUCGCACCUGCUGGGAGAUGCAGGAAGUCCGUACCUGAUAGGAGUGGUUUCGGACUCUCUGAGGAAGACGGACUCCUUCCUGUGGCAGUUUCGCUCUCUGCAGCUCUCUCUGCUGCUCUGCUCCUUCGUGGCUGUGGUGGGCGGAGGUUUCUUCCUCGCCACCGCCCUCUUCAUCGAAAGAGACCGCCAUCGUGCCGAGAACUACGUCCCUACAGAUGACGAGCCGAUAGUUGUACCUAAAAGCGGCCGCCCCACCAGAGUCCCGGUGUCCAGCGUUCUGAUCUGAGGGAGGUCCCUGUGUUCGGCCUGGUCCAGUAAACACCUGUGGUUAUGUGAUUUCAUUUUUUUAAGGACUGCAAACACCGACUGGACUAUCUGCCAUGCAGAAAAGUUUUAAGAUGGGUUUAUUUUUCCACUUUUGACCUUUUUUAUACUUUUACGAUGCGCGGGGACAUGCCGUCGUCUUGGGGGAACUUCUUGCAUUUGGUCUCCAGAUGUUGUUUUCGACGUGAGCUCAACACGAGGCUCGUUGGAAAUGUUUUCAGAGCGGACGUGACGUUGAAAACGAACAGUAGAGACUUUCUCAGGUGACGCAGCAGACGCUGCUCCGCGGGUUUGCUUUCAGCUUUAAUCCGACUCUCAGGAGCGAGUGGGCCGGAGCGAAAUGACCUGACCGUCGACAACCUGAUAACUAACUUUCUUACCUUCAGUGGGACUCUAAACCGGCUGAUCUGGGAUCAGUCACACAUCCAGAAAACAUAAAGACAACGUGAUCCACAUCUUCAGUGUAACCACAACCAAAAACAGGCUGUGCUCCCAAACCUGGUGUGAUUUUUACAUACAGGACAAGCUUUAUUAAUCAGCUUUCAUAACCAUGUAUUUGUAUACGUUUGAGCUACGUUUAAGUAUAACACUAACCGUCUCACAGUUCAUUAAGUGACCAAGAAGCCGAAAAUAAUCCAAGCUGUCAGAGAAUAGGAAGAAACCUCUUACCCCUGUACGUUUUUAUUCAUCUGUUUAUCUUUUGCCAGCAUUACCGCUGGUUUUAAUCCUGUUUCUUUAGUUUUAAACGGCUCCAGUGUUUGAAGCCGAGCUGUUUAAAGAGCAAGGACCUUUUUAACUUUUAAGUAGUAGCUCUUUUCUCGCAGGUCUGUUUCUGGUUUUCUUUGUGUCAGGUUGGAGCUCAGUGUGGUUAAAGUGCUUCAUCGAGUCGACCGAAAGGGAGAAAACGAGUUUCGCAGUCUGUCUCCAGUGAGGGCAGGAAAUACCACGUUAACGAUGGUUAUUUAAAAAGAAAAAUAGCUUUUAAAUGAAAUGGUAAUAUUUAAAGUUGUUAACCGCAAAUUAUUUUAGCAAAUCUUUUUUGUGAACUAUUAAACGAGAAUUAACUUGU